AUGGGGAUCUCCUUCCUGAUUUCAAUUCUUCCGGGCUCAAUUCAGGCCAUCUCACAAAGUAUAUUCGCCUGCAUGGACGGACCAAUGUGUAUGAUCUUCAUCCUGGCGCCCAUGUACCGGCGCGCGACAACAAAGGGGCUCCUCAUCGGUGCCGCUUCCGUUACUGAAGGUGAGUUGACGCGCUCUGCUGACUCUGCCACGGAUUACUGGAGGUGUGAUGAACAUAAUUUUGUCAAGAUAGAUAACCCGAUUGAUGACCAGAGUGUUGACAAGCAUGACAAAAGUGAUAACCAGUAUGAUGACCUGUAUGGUGACCAGAGUGUUGGCCAGUAUGAUGACCAGUAUGAUGACCAGUAUGAAGAACAGCAUGAUGACCAGUAUGAUGAUCAGUAUGAUGGCCAAUAUGAUGACCAUAGAAAUGACCAGAAUAAUGACCAAAAUGACAAACAGAGUGAUGACCAGAGUGAUGACAAGAGUUAUGACCCUUAUGAGGACCAUAGUGAUGACCAUUAUGAUCGCCAGAAUGAUGGCCAGAGUAAUGACCUUUAUGUUGACCAGUUUAAUGACCAGAGUGUUGACAAGAGUGAUUACCAGUAUGAUUACCAGAAUGAUGACCAGAAUGAUGACCAGUAUGAUGACCAGAAUGAUGACCUGUAUGAUUGCCAGAGAGAUGACCAUAGUGAUGAACAUAGUGAUGAACAGAGUGAUGACUAG